GCUUUCCGGUAGCUACGGGAGCAACACGUCAGUUUAGUAUUCUUAGAUUAAUUAAAGACUGAUACAUAAUUAAGUGUUAACUUUAAGCCCCUGCAAAAUGGGGACAAGUAGAAUAAGUUUUUCAACACUCAGUGUUUUAAUAAUACUUGCUGUAUUAUGGAGGCCCGCGUAUACUGAUAAAUGCUCAAUAUCAUGUCAUGGAUCAUCGUCAUCACCGACAUUCCUCCCCGGCCACACUUACAACUACGGCGUGGACGGCGCCGUAUCCGUGUACGUCACUGGCGCUGAAAAGCAGCAGACUGGCGUCAAGAUCUUCGGUCAGGUGUCUGUCAGCGUGCUGGGCAACUGCGGGUACUCGCUUAAAGUCAACUCCAUGACCAUAUCUGGUCCCGAUGGCAAGAAAUAUCCGAGCCCGAAUGGCAUAGACAAGGUCGUGCGGUUCAGUUUGCAAGAUGGCCGUGUGGGCGCGGAGAUCUGCGCGGAGGAAGGUGACACUCGACGCUCGCUCAACAUCAAACGAGCCAUCAUCUCGCUGCUGCAGACGGAACAGAAACCUUCCACUCAGGUGGAUGUGUUUGGUUCGUGUUUCACGGAGGUGUCGGCAUCCCAAGAGGGCGGCGCCACACUGCUGCACCGCAGCCGCGACCUCACGCGCUGCGCUCACCGUGAGCAGGGCCGCAACGAUUUCAUCACCGCCGUUUACAACCCUACUGCUGAAAUCAAGAACACUCAGGUGCUCCAAUCUACUUUGAAUGUAGAAUCAAAGGUGAACAACGGCGUACCUGAGAAGAUAUCGGCCACCGAGGAGUACCUGUACAAACCAUUCUCUGUAGGAGAGAAUGGCGCACGUGCGGAAGUCCUCACUAAACUCACGCUCACUGGAACAGCACAAGGCGGAGCUAACCCAGGCAACUGUCCUGAGCAACGUACUAUAAUCUUCGAGAACCCGCACGGCGCUGUCUCUGACCACAGCAACCUGAGGAACGCUCUCGACGCACUCAAGGAAACCAGCAAGUCUUUACAAUCCGAAGCCUCUGAGAAAUCAGCCGGCAAAUUCGCACAAGUUGUUAGAGUCCUUCGCAACACCAACAAAGAUGAUCUAGUCAAGCUCUUCAACCAAGUGAAAGGAAACAGCUUAGAAAAACGUGUGUUCUUGGACGGUCUUCUCCGAGCUGGCACCGGAUACAGCAUCGAGGCCUCUAUUCAGAUCCUUAAAGGACGAGAACUGUCAGGUUUGGAAGAGAAACUGGUCUUCCUUUCGCUGGGUAACGCAAGACACGUCAAUGAUGAAGCUAUGAAAGCAGCUGCUACCAUUUUGGACAGAGGUAAUAUUCCCAAAGAAGUGUACUUGGGUGUCGGAGCACUAGCGGGCGCGUACUGCAAAGAGCACAAUUGUCAUUCGAGCAAGUCCGAAGGCAUUGUUGCACUCAGCAAGAAGUUGGCCGCUAAACUACAAAACUGCAAGCCUAAAACCAAAGUCGAAGAGGACUAUGUGGUUGCUGCGCUGAAAGGUAUUAGAAACAUCAGGCACUUGGAGGACAGUCUCGUGGACAAGGUGGUGCAGUGCGCUGUCGAUAAUAACGUUAAGGCCCGAGUGAGGGUCGCUGCUCUUGAAGCUUUCCUAGCUGACCCUUGUGCUGCUAAGAUUAAGAAAGCGGGCCUGGACUUAAUGAAGAACAGACAACAGGACUCUGAGAUCCGUAUUAAGGCGUACCUCGCGGUGAUCGGUUGCCCAUGCGGCAAGUCGGCCAGCGAGAUCAAGAACCUUCUAGAUUCCGAACCCGUACACCAAGUGGGCCGUUUCAUCACCACGUCACUGCGUCACAUUCGUUCUUCUGCCAACCCCGACAAACAACUCGCCCGCCUCCACUAUGGUCAAAUCGGAACGCCAAACAAGUUCAAUAUCGAUGACAGGAAAUACUCGUUCUACCGCGAGGGAUCGUUUAACUUGGACGUGCUGGGCGCGGGCGGCAGCGUGGAGCAGACCGUCAUCUACUCUCAGGACUCCUUCCUGCCUCGCUCUGCCAGCCUUAACCUCACCGCAGAGGUCUUCGGACACAGCCUCAACGUGCUUGAGAUUGGAGGUCGUCAAGGUAACCUGGACCGCGUGAUCGAACACUUCCUGGGACCCAAGGGUGUGCUACGCACCCAGAAACCACAAGAAAUCUACGACAGCCUGGUGGAGCGCUUGGAGAAGUCGAAGGACAAGGUUGAACACGGAAUCGUACGGCGCCGGCGCUCCGUCAAGAGCGAGGUUGAUAACUUCGACAAGAAGAUCAAAGCAGAGUCAGUGCCUUACAAUAACGAAUUGGACUUGGACGUGUAUCUGAAGCUGUUUGGUACUGACGCGGUGUUCCUCUCGCUGGGUGACGACAAGGGCUUCAACUUCGACCACCUCCUCAACCAGCUCAUCAGCGUGCUGCAUGAUGGUGUCAACAAAGUCAAGAACUUCCAGAACGAGCUGCGUGGACACCUUCUCUUCUUGGACGCGGAGUUAGCAUACCCCACGUCGACUGGUCUGACCCUGAAACUGGACCUGGUGGGCGCAGCCACUGCACGCGUCGACGUCGCCACAAACAUCGACAUCCGCCAGUGUAUCAAGAGCCCUGAGAAUGCCAAAGUCGACAUCAAACUCGUCCCCUCCACCGACAUCGAGGUUUCAGGCGUGAUGAUGAUUGAUGCGUUCGCCGUCAGCACUGGACUUAAAGUGAUCACCAACUUGCAUUCAUCAACCGGCGGACAUCUUAUCGCUAAGAUGAUCGAGAAUGGACAAGGAUUCGACGUUAACUUCGGCCUUCCUGUAGAGAAGCAAGAAAUAAUCGUCGCCUCCAACGAGCUUGUGUACUUCACCGCUGAGAAGGGUCAGAUGGAGAAGGUGACACCUGUGAAGGUUGACACACAGAAUAAGGAGUACAAGGGCUGCUUCGACCAGUUGUCCGACGUCAUUGGACUUACUUUAUGCGGCGAAGUGUCUGUUCCUUUCACCGUAUCAGGACCAGAGGCGCAAACAUCAAUUUCCAAAUUCUUAGCUCGCUACCCACUGACCGGACCGGCGUCUGUUAAACUUAUAUUGGAGAAAAAUAACCUUCGAGGCUAUCACGUCAAGGGCGUGCUGCGAAGGGACGCCAAGGCAGGAAAAUACGGAGUCGAACUUCUUUUCGACGCUCAAGGCUGUAAAACUGGCCGCAUACAAUUCAAUGGUGACGCGGUCUACUCGAAUGAAGAAAAAUCCUUGAGAUUGGCUUUGGAUUCGCCAUUCAAAGUUAUCAACGGUGAAGUAGCUCUCUACACAAAAGCAAACAGGGAGUAUUCAAUUCUGGCCAAAGCUAAGGCAGACGAUCUAGAAUAUUACGGCAGAUUGGGCUUCGAUGCGCACAGGGAAGGCUCUAACUCGGUUUACAAACCCGUCUUUGAAUAUUCCUUGCCGGAUAACAAAGGGAAGCAAACUGUAAGAGUAGAUGGUCAGAUCACUCACGACACCAGAAGUAAUGAAGUGAAAUGGAAUCUAAGAAAUAUCAACCUCGUUUUCGUACAAUCAAACGACCCUCUCGACUUGAACGGGCAGUACAAGCCAGUUCCCAAUGGCUACGAGUUAGACGUAAAGGGCAAGAUGGGUCAGCACACCAUACUACUCGCGUCUUCACUCAAGAGCGCUGAAUUCAAAGUUGAAUUCCAAAACACCCUUAAUCCUUACAUUAACUUCAAAGUUAAUGCCCAUAUCGAAAACAACAGAGAGGUAAUCCACAACGACAUCGACCUGUGGUACAGUGGUGAUCUUCGCAAUUCUGAAAAUCGUGUAACUCUCAACCAAUUCUACAAACGUUACGAAGACUCAAAGGAAUUCAGCAUCAUCACUAAGAAUAAAUUUGAAAUUCACUGUCUUCCAUUAAAAGCAAAAGUGGAAGCUCAAAUAGACAGCAAGAAAGUUGACAUCGAACUGGAAGGUCAAUAUCUAAACCGUAAAGCAGAAUUAGACUUAGAGGCUAGAACUCACGUCAAGAAACCUGGAGACUACAGCGUGAAACUGAAAGCCGAAGUGGACCGUCAAGGAGUGGAAGCUUUCGCUAAAAGAGACAUCGUAUCUGCUGAUAAAUCCAACUUUGAGAACUACAUUACUGUCAAAGGUGUUGGUAAAUACGAGCUAUCUGGAGUUGUGCUACACAGAAACAAGGCGAAUGACAUGAACGUAGGCGCUGUCGGACAUCUCAAGAUCUCUGGUGGUGGAAAGAACGAAGAUAUCAAGUUCGAUUUUGGAGUAAUUGAGAAUGCUAACCUUUACUCGUCGCACGCGAAACUCUCCUCAAACAAGGGAGAAUUCUUGGACUUCCUCUUGAAGGUGACUCGCGGCGCCAACGCUAACGGACAGCUGAAGUUCAUCCUUAAAGACUCCAUUUCAGCGAACGGACAGUUCAAAGUCACUGACAACGACGGUAAAGGCAAUGGAAUGAUCAUUGUUGAUUUCCAAAAGGUACAACGUAAAAUCAAGGCUGACAUCAAGUUCGUGGUGAAGGACCCCGUGUACAACGCCGACGUAGACAUCUUCCUUAACUUUGAGAAGGACAAUAAUGACAAAAUUCACAUCAGCACCAACAACAGGAACACUGAGAAAUCCAUCGACUCAAAGAAUAAACUAGAAUACGCCGGCAAGAGGACAGAAAUCAACGUACACCAGAGUGGUGAUCUGGACUCCGGCAAAGCCAGCGCCAACGUGGAGGUGGUGCUGCCGACUGAAAGGUGUCUUAACUUGAAGUUCAACAGAGAUGUUACAGAGAAGGACAGCAUUCUAAACGGAAACGCUGAGCUAACCUUAACAGACUCUGAACGGCGUGGUGCUGCUGGCUCCAGCUUCACUUACACUGGCAAAGUGACCAACACCAACUACGACAAGGAUACACUGGACUACGAGGGUCAAAUCGUGCUCCGCCUGAAGAAUGGCAAGAAUCUGGUGAAUGCAUUCUCUUUGAAGAACAUUCCCACUGGAGAUGGAAAGUUCAAGGGAGAUUUUAAGGUCGAUGUGACUGGCAACCUGAUCCCAAAGCCCGCCUCGCUGAGCGGCAGCACCACCUACAACGAUAACGUGUGGGAUGAGAGUUACCGGCUGAAGGGCAGCUACGGCGGAGACGUCGGCUUAGAGGUCGUAGGCAACUGGCUGUUGAAGACGGACGGUGGUGUUAAGAAGUACGUGGAUGACAGCACUGUAAGCCUGAGACUUCCUUUCGAACAGGCUCACGACAUCAAAUGGGUAUCGACCGUACAAUUCUUACAACCAGAAGAGAAAGACUUCGCCGAGUUUACCGUGAUGGAAUCAAUCCAAGUGAACAGCGACGUAUACAAAAUCGACUCGACCGGUAAAGUGUCUUUAAACAACGGCAAUGCGGAAGUCAAGGUUCUGGUGCCCCACCACGACCCGCUGGUCCUCCACGGCAACUACCAGCUCUCCUCAAAGAAUGACGUGAAAGGUAUUGAAGCGGAGGUGCAGGCGCGCUACGGCAAGAUCAAGCGCGACGUCAAAUUGGUGGUGAAGGCUCCUCCUCGGGAACUGGAUCUGCUGCUGGUGGCUACAGCGCCUGAGGCUGAGAAACUCAAGAGGCUCGAACUUAAAGUCAACAACAAGAACCCAGCCCCUAACACCUAUAGCAACGUGAUCACCGUCCAAGCGGACGACCGCGUCUACAAGACCGAAGGCAUUGUCGUCUACUCCAGAACACAGCCUCUCUUCGACUUGAAAUAUACCAGCCCAUCUACGACUAAACCCAGCAGGUUGUACGUUAAAGGAGAGACAAUCAGUUCAUCGCACGGCAAACUGGAGAUGAAGGUCGAGAAUAUCAAGGACGUUGACAUCGAUGUGAACUGCGAGGGCAAUGUGCAGAAAGAGAAUGUGUACUUCAAGGGUCAGGCUAACUCCGCCGCCUUCGGACUUAAGAACUACAAGAUCGACAUCAGCAGCAAAGACGACGGCAAUGGCAAGCGCCUCGAAUUCCACGCUAUUAAUGACAACAAGAAUCUUCUCAGUGGAAGCACCUCAUUCAUAAGCAAGCAAGAGGGCUCGAAAACAAUCAUUGAGGGCUCCGGCUCCAUUAAGGUUAAAGAAGACCAGAAACCUGCAAACUUCAAAUACAUCCGCACCAUCCUUAGCGACGGCAGUGAGACAUUCCUAAACCUGGCGAUCGGCGAGCGAAGCUACGUGGCGGAGUCCCGCGUCACCGAGCUGGAAUACAAGACAUCAUAUCUGUACUGCGAGGAGAAGAAACAAUGUGCCAACAUUGACCUGCACUCUAAAAUAAACGUUAUAAAGCCAGGUCACAUCGAGCACCUCGUGAAUGUGGACUUUGAUUUACGCAAGCUUGGCUUCGCACCCGAGUUCGGUCUGCAGAUCUCCAACGAAUUCUCCGAGCAAAUGUUGCCCAAGUACUUGCUCGAUUUGCACGUCAACAAGAACGACAAGAAGUACCACCUGCACGUUUACUGCAAGCCGGAAACUGGAUUGAUUCCUGCCGGUAUAACCGUGACCAUCCCGACUCGAGUCCUGGCUCUGGAGUCCCAACUGCGCUACUCCCCGAGCGGCGUCCUGUUGUUCCCGGUGCACGGCGAGGUCGCUCUCUACCCCGACAAGAACAGACCACAGCAAAAGACCGCCGCCAGGGUCAGCAUCAGCGCUGACACCUCGGACUCGCAUAGCUCCGCUGUCGCUGAUUUCGGAUUCAGUCAUCCUAAACUUGGCGAGGAAUUGACACUCAAAGUAUACACGAAAUUGGACCGCCCGCAAGAGAACAGUCUCAAGAUUGAAACUUCAGCUGUACUUUCACACAAUUGCUUCGGAGGCAAACGUGAGUCGAAGGUAUGCUUAGAAGUGAACCCAACUCAUUUGAAAUUCACGUUCGACACUCCACUGGUAUCAGUAAUCAACCUGGAAGGCUCUGCUAUAGUGAAGGACAACCUGCAGCAAGGAGAUGUGAAGUUCAGUCUGCUGGAGGGCAAGCCGGUGCAGAUGCACGCCGUCGCCCGCGACUAUCAGUAUUAUGAGUUCACAACCGGAUAUAGCGAUGAAUCCGAACGCAAGCUGUCGAUAGUCGGUCACAUACAGCCGGAGAAGCGAGUGGACAUCGCCGUAGACAUUGUGGUGCCUGGACACAAGAAGAGCAUUGCCCACGGAGCCCUCUACCUGCAGGACAAUGUUGUCAAGAGCGACUACGGUCUCUCUAAAGACAACUUUAACUAUUUCGUGAGCGCUCUGAAGAAAGAUCUGACUACAUUACAAGAACGCGUCAAAGAACUAGGAGAGAAAAACAGCGAGGAAUUGAAACGUACGCUGGAUCGCAUUCGCCCGACAUUCCAGAGAUUAGAACAGUCCUACAAGGAGGACUUGGAGAAGCUGGUUCACGAGAUCACUAACGAUGAGACACUGAAGGAAAUUUCCGAAGCACUCCACUACAUAGCCCACUUCUUGGCGAAGAUUAUCGACGACUUACUGAAAGUUACCAAACCGAUGGUUGACAAAUUAGUAAACCUUGUCACAGACUUGGCUGAGAAGACCAAGGAUAUGUAUGUUAAACAGUUGGAGCCGCAAAUCAAGGAGCUGUACGCGAACAUUGCUGCGAUUGUAAACGAGUACUUCGACGGUCUGCUGGACACCGCUGCGCACUUCGCAGCACUCGUUAUUGACUUCUUCGAACGCCACAAGCCUGAAAUCGAGGAGCUUACCAACACACUCACUGAGAUCUUCAAAGACUUGACCAAACUACUGGUUGCUCAACUGAAGGAAUGGCGCGUCAAGGUGACGCAGAUAUUCGAGGAGCUGUCUCGUCAAGUCAGCGAUCUGCCCAUCAUAGGAGUGCUGAAGGACAAAUGGCAAGAAUUGGCAGUACCAGAGCAGGCGAUCGGCAUCUUGCGACAGGCGCAAGAACAAAUCCGCCAAGUGUUACCAACGGAAGAUGCCAAGAACUUCUCUGACGAGCUGUUCAAUUACCUUUGCAAGAAACUGCAGCAGGAGAAGGUGGACGAGGUAGCGUCGCUGCGCGUGCUGUACGAGAAGCUGGCGCUGGCGGUCACCUCGCUGGUGCAGUUCGUGCGCACCGGCCUCGCCAACGCCGGCAUCUCCCUGCAGCCCGCGUUCACACCGAUGUCUCUACCAACCUUCGCACCAUUAUCGUUGCCAUCAUGGGGCGGCGGAGCUUCUGCCAGCCUGUUCAACCAACUGCUGCGUGGAGAUCUUCCAGACCCUCUGGCUAUCAUCCGCGCUUACAGGCCUCGUUCACUUAACCCGCUUGACGAAGUCCCUGCUAAAUUGCGCGCUGUGGUGGUCAACGGCCAGCACAUCUUCACGUUCGAUGGCCGCCACCUCACGUUCCCGGGCAGCUGCCGCUACCUGCUGGCGCACGACCACGUCGACCGCAACUUCUCCCUCGUGCUGCAACUGCACAACGGAGCGCCCAAGUCGAUCAUUCUAGAAGACAAGAACGGCGUUACCAUCGAAAUUAAGGACAACGGACAGAUUGCACUGAACGGAGCCAAUCAUGGAUACCCGGUAAUGGAGAAGGAUUCCUUCGGUUUCCGUCAGCCGAAUGGUAACCUAGGAUUGGGUACAUUGUACGGAUUGAUGGUCUACUGCUAUGGAAAACUUGAGGUGUGCUACAUCGAGGUGAAUGGUUUCUACCUGGGCAAGCUGCGCGGUCUGCUCGGCGACGGCAACAAUGAACCUUACGACGACUUCCGCAUGCCCAAUGGAAAGAUUUCAACAUCAGAGUCAGAGUUCGGUAACGCGUACCGUCUGGCGGGCAGCUGCGCCGCGGCCGCCGUGCCCGAGCACAGCCACCACCAGCUGCACCACGCCGCUCUGCCCGCCGCCUGCGAGAUCGUCUUCGGCGGCAGCUCGCCGCUGCGGCCCUUGUCACUGUUCCUCGAUAUCGCGCCCUUCAGACAAGCGUGUAUCCACGCUGUGUCCGGUGACUCGGAGGAGGCGGUGCGGCAGGCGUGCGCGCUGGGCCGCGGCUACGCUGCGCUGGCGCUGACCGGCCUGCUGCCCGCCGUGCUGCCGCCGCGCUGCCUCGCCUGCACCGACGCUGACAAGGAACACAACGUUGGAGACACAUACGAACUUAAACUGCCCGCCAAACAGGCAGACAUUGUCGUUGCUGUCGAAACUACUGUGGGCAACGAGAAGAACUACAAGGAAUUACUGGUACCAUUGGUAUCGCAGCUGAUCGACGCUCUGAAGAAGAGUCAGAUUGGUGACAUCAAGGUGUACCUGGUCGGCAUCACCUCCAGAUUCCCAUAUCCUAUCCUCUACGACACUGACCUGAAAUUAAAGAACGCUAAGAUUCAAUUCACGGACAAGAGCCGCUACGAGCAAAUCGACACUAUCAAGACUGGAAACGAGAAGAUUGAUGCGAUUGAAGAGAACGCCGUCAACCUAUUCGACUACAUCAGGAAAUCGCUCGGAAUUACGAACGUGAUGGGCGGCUACAGGAGCCUGCUGGAGCUGCCGCUGCGGCCCGGCGCCGUCAAGCACAGUAUCAGCCUCGUCUCCGACCACUGCCAGAAGCAGGAUCUACUGUUAUCAACGUUCUGGUCAGCGUUGUACAGCACACUGUACAAGGAGAGUGCACACACGCACUCCAUCAUCACCAACACGCCUGGACUCGCUGACGGUAAUGAGAAGCUUAAGAAUGCUGCUGGUUACACUAAGCACUCUGUGCUGAUCUGCGGCGACAAGAAGCACAAAGACACUGAGGCUCUGCGCGCCACCAUCAAACCUACAGACAAUGAAUGCAUCAAUUUUGUUGAAUCGUCUGACGGAUUCGUGUUCUCUGCGUCCAACUACGAAGCGAUGAACCCCGGCAUGCAGAAGCAGUUCCUCCAGACGGCAGCAUCUGCUAUCACCAAGGAGAUGUUACACGAAGUGCUGGUCCAGGAAUGCACCUGCACUUACGUGGACCCCUACCGCGUGCGCUCCGUCUGCUUCACCAAGGAGAGGAAGGAAGCGGCUCGCAGAAGGAAGUAAACGUAAUCAGCGCCAUCUGUGAU